UAAUUCUUGCAAAAGUCCCCGCCGCUGAGUAUUUUAAAAUAAAAUAAGAUAAAGCAAAGAUAAUGUAAAUAGAGAAUAAAGAUUUAUGUUUUUGCAAUUUUGUUAAUGGCGUUGAGGCAGAGGCUAAGGCAUUAGGAAAAAAUUUUGACAAAGUUGGCAACUUUUUUCUAGGUUUUUGACUAUUUCGUAAAAAUGGACCGUACUAAAAAUGAACAAAAAAUUUUUACACUAAGGACUGUUCUUAAUCUUUUGAAUGAAUGGAAAAAUUUUAUUUUCCAAAAUGAGAAACACCCUUUCUCCUCCCACAAAAAUUGGUCCGUUUCGCAAGAAGGCUUAAUUGAAUUCAUUUGGCCAUAUACUCAAAAUUUUUCUCCAAAUAAUAUAUUAACAACACCAACAACAUUAAUUACUCCAUCAUCAUCUACACAACAACAAUCCUUUCUACUAAAUUCACAACAACAAUAUUUACAUUCAUUUCAAUUUCCGUCUCCACCUUUUUUUAUUCAAAAUAAUUUAACUCCAAAUUUUUCAACAUUUUUUUCUUCUCCUCCAUCUUCUUCUAAUACAAAUCCAUUUUUAACAGCAUUUUUUACAUCCUUAUUUCAAAAACAAUUUAUUCUUAAUCAAUUACAAAAACAACAAAUAACUUCAAUAUUUCAACAAAAUACACCACCGUCAUUUAAUUCAACACCUGGAACUAGUAAUAGUGAAGAUAGUUGGAGAACAAAUAACUCUUCAAAUAAUUUAACUUCAUUUAAAUAUCCAAAUAAUAUUUAUCCUACAACAACAAAAAUAUCAAAAAUUGUGGAAAAGGUAACUAAUGAAAAGAAAUUAUUAAAUAAAUCAUCUUGUAAAAGAAAAAAUGAAAAUAAAGAAUUAAAAGAAACACCAAAAAGAAGAAAAAUAAACAAUAUAUUAAUUAACAACAACGACAACAAUAACAUACAAAAAGUACAGUGUAAUGUUUGUGGUAAAUCAUUUGGUAGACCAUGUUUGUUGAAUGGACAUAAAAGAAUUCAUGGUUUAGCCAUACUUUAG